CCAGCAAUGCAGCGAAUUAUCACCAAUUGACUCUUGGAGAAGACACAAGUCAUACAAUCCCUACUUGUGAUUGUCGAGAGUUCAAGAGGAAUCACCUCCCCUGCAAACAUUUUUGUGCUGUGUUUUGUCAUUGCUCUAAUUUUAGCUGGAAUUCUUUUCCGUCUUUUUACUUGAGCAAUCCACAUUUCACAAUUGAUGACGAAUGUGUCAACUUGGUGGAGUUGCAAGGAAGCUGCAAGGACAACCACAUAACUGAUCUGGAGGAGCCAAUUGAUGCUUCAAAACAACACAGCAAGCAACUAUCACAGGUUACCCAGAACAUAUGUACCACAUUUCAACACUCUGCUAAGCAAGUUCGUGAACUUCUUCAGCACAUCAACAACCUAACAUAUAUUGUUGAUUCUGGUGAUGUACUAGAAGAGGCAAAGAAGCAGCUGACAGCAACUGCCAAGAUGUUGAAAGACCGGUGUCCAGUAAGUGGCACAUUUCUUCUGGAGCAACCAACUUCAAAAUCCAAAAGAAAGCCCCUGCCACCCUCAAAGACUUGCCACCCAAACGCAAAAGGAGGCUUACAAAGAAAGUCAAAAAAUCUGUACAGGAUCCCUCUUUUUCUUUUGGCUGUGACAACAAAUUGACUGCUCAUACAGGUGUUUCCAUUGGCAAGUAUCUUGUUUCAAAGGAAGAAGUUAUUGAAAGAAUAGAAGCCAUGAGCAAAGAAUUGUCCACCCAAUAUUGGAAGGAUGUCCUGGUUCAGCAAGCCCAUUCGUGUAGGGGUGAUGUGGGUGAUAAAAUUCAGAGGACAGCUAUGGCUGUUUUAGAUGAAUGUUCAGAUGAGGAGUACCAUGAAAACAUUCUUCUACAAAUCUCAACACUUGCUCCACAUGAAAUGGACAUGGACUCAAAGCUGAGACUUUGUUUCCUGCUACUUCAUUUACUUGUUGAACAAGGCAAAUUUCCUCUUCAAAGGGACUUUGAAAAGGAAGAAAGAGAGGCAAAAGAAAACAUGGCUGGUUUGAUAGAUGCUUUGCGAGCUAUCAGAGAAUCAUCAUCACAAUAUGUACCUUCUGGGUCAGAUUCUUUGCCAUCUGAACCAGCUCCUCUUGACCAUAAGAUCACAAAACUAAAGCUUAAGAAGGGGAAAAGGGUCAGAUUCAACCAAGUUUCUGAAGUUGUUGGUGCUAGUAAAAAAGGUGAAGCAUUGGAGGAUAUAAUCCAAACAGAUAGCCUCCAGCCACCAAAACUUGUCCUCAAGAAAAACUGCCGUUAUUAUAUCUGUGGAGAAGUUCUGGACAGGAAGGACUUUGAAACUCUAAAUCAUCCCGGGUGGCUAAAUGACAAGGUCAUAAACGCAUAUCUGGCCGUACUUCAGAGGGAACAGAAUUUGAAGGACACGGACCACAUCUUUGCUAUGCCAUCAUAUAUGGCAGUGUUGUGGGGCCAUGGCAAUGGCAAAAUUGACCAUUGGCUAUAUUCUGAUGUGAAAUUUGCCAUGUUCAAAUGGGUUUUUAUGCCUGCUAAUGUGAGAGGAAACCACUGGGUCCUCUUAGUGGCCAACAUCCAAAAUGCAACUGUGUCAGUGCUUGACUCUAUGUGUGGAAACAAUGAGGCACUCAUCGAAAAGUGGAUGAAGUACAUGACAAUACGUUCAGAGAGGACUGGGGAGCUUGGUCAGAAAUCAUGGCAGAUUGGAGAUCUUGUUUCCUCUAAACAGAGGGAUGGAAAUGCGUGUGGGUCCUUUGUAAUGUUGAAUGCUCUGGUACUGGCCAAAAAUGGGGACCUAAAAGAUGUCUCGCAUCCCCUAUCUCUUCAAAUGCGAGAAUAUGUAAAGAGCAAACUGUUGUCAGUUUCUGAGGAACCCCCUUCGCAAAGGACAAAAUGUGACAUGAUUGGUUGCGUCUCCCCAAGAAGAGCAACAUGGGUUGCAUGUAAUGUUUGUGGGCGCUGGUCACAUCUUCCAUGUGUAGGACUAAGAAAGGCCCCAAACAGUGACUACAUAUGCCCAAUCUGUGUUGCCCAAUACCGAUGAACUGUUUAGGUGGAACAAAAGUCAUAGUUUUAUGAUAGAUGCAGACCAUCGACGGUAUUGUGUUUUGAAAAUCCAACCAUCAACAGUAUAUCAUUAACAAGACUUACCAUCUGGAACUUCUGUAAAUGUAACAUAUUUUGGCAAGUUGAGAUUUUAGCAUAUUGUCCGAUACUUUAUCGCUUUGGAUCACUUGGCACACCUACAAUAUUUUCACCAAAUGACAGAAAAUGAUAUAACAAAGGCCUCAAAUUAUCACAAUGAUUCAAAUGUGAAAGUACUAAAAUAAGAUAUACAUAGUGUAUAUGUUGAAACUUUGUGAUAUCAACUGUCAUAUGAUAAUAAUAAUACUGUAUGAUAAUACAUGUAUAUCAAAAAACAAUAACAAAAAAAAAAACAGGCGAUUUUUGGAACCUGAUUAACAUCUGUCUGGUGCUCACAAUGUUUGAGUACUAAAAUAUCUACCUGUCAUUACCUUGCAAAUUGGUGAUAUAGCUUUUGACACACAGGGCAGCAGUUUCACUUUAAUUGUGCCUUGUAUGUUUGUUUUGCCUUUUUAAACAUAAUCACAUACAAUUCCUGUGGCAAUUAUGACAAUUAAGUUGUAUACCUUGUUAAUGUUUCUUUAUGAUUAUGGUGUCCCUUUAGAAAUUAAAGGAAAUGGUUUGAUGAUGUCACAAAGUGAUAUUUACAUGUCUGUGUGUUUGACAGUUCCCGCUACCGCUUUAUGGUAGGAUGGGAAAUCAGGUUGUGAAUAGGAAUAUAUGUCAAAUUCCUAGAAUUGUGUAAAUAUACAUGUACAUUGUAUAUUAGAACUGGUUAAGUAAUAGUAUAUUGUUUCCAAGUCAGUAGAUAUGUAUACCCGUGUGUCUGUUUUGAUGCCCAGGCAUUGUAUAGAGAAAAUACUAACAGUUGUUUGGAAGAUUAGUCAGGUAUCGGGUAUUAACACUAUUCAUGCAAUUCUCUGUUUUGUUGAGGGAGUCUCUUGUGAAGGAAGGGUUACAUGCAGGUACUUCACAAACAACUGUUUAAUAUGUAACAUAUUCACACAUUUUGUGUUUCAUUUAAAAACUUCUUAGACUAUACUUUUGUUUAUACCCAGUAUGUGUUUUAAGUUUGUUUUUCUGCUGUUAAUUCGAUGCUUCUGGCCUCUCAUGAGGUUCUCGCUCACCUUUGCUGAAUAUCAUCAAGAAAUUCAAAAUAAUCUAAAUGUUCUUUUGAUAAUAAAUAACAGUCCUUUUAUAUUGAGGAGUAUGCCAAUAAUUUAAAGUCAUCUGAAUUUGAUUGAUAUUUUAUUUCUAGCCACCAUCAUCAGAUGGUCAGGUGGGCUAUUCAAAUUGCCUUGCAUCCGGCGUCCAUAAACAACUUUUGUUAUCGCUAUUUCUGAGAAAGUACUAAAGGGAUCUUUCUCAAAUUUCAUAUAUAGCUUCCCCUUGGUCCGUUGUAUUACAUUUUGGGACCAAUCUGAAACCAACAUGGUCGACAGACAGCCAUUAUUGCUAAAUCUCAAAAAUUUCAUAUACUAUUAUUAGUUCCCCUUGAUUGAAAAGUACUGGAGGGAUGUUUCUCAAUUUAUACAGAUUAGUAAGAGGAAGGAAAAAUAGAGAGAAGAUCAAUCUGACAUGGAACCUUUAAAGAACAUUCAAUGGUGGGCGCCAAAAUCCCUCUUGGAUCUAUUGUUUCAAAUUAACGGCAAACAGAUCAAGACCUAAAGUUCGAAUGGACCAACUUUUAUGUUUAGUACAUCAAUGUAGAUAUCUGUUCAGUAUUUUGUUCUUUAGCUUAACAAAAAACAAACGUAUACCCGUAAAAAUAUAUUUGUACAUUAAAGAUUCACAUAUAUUUGGUUCAUUAGUAAUGUACUUUGUAUGAAAUAUGCCAAUCGGACAUCUUUCAAUUGAUCAAAGGUCUGAAUACUAUCAAACAUUCAUGCUAAUAAACGGCUGCACCUUUAUAUUGCGAGGUAUGCCCAUAAUUUACAGCCA